AUGCAGGCUCCAGCUGGACUUCCCACUGUUCCCGUUCAACUCGCCGCCGGUGGCCUGGUUCCGCCUAUUCCCGUCGCCGCUAUCCCUCAAGCUCAGCUCCAGGCUAUGCAAGCGCAGCACAGGCUGCCACUGGUAAAUCCUACGCCAGAUAUCAACCUUGUGAUGCAGGCUCAAAGAAUCCAAGAUCAGCAAAGGGCUGUUGCGGUGCAAUUGCAACAACAACGACACCAACAACAUCAGCAUCAACAACACCCACAACAACCACAGCAGCAGCAUCAGGUCCAACAACAA